GAAGUCAGAUGUUCAGCAGCGAAACUACUGCAUCGCUGACUACGCUCACGAACAGCAGUGAUGCUGACUUUGCGAACAUUUUGUCUCUGAGUAACCAGGAGAAUGAUCUGAAUUCGACAUUGGACAAUGCUCUAACAGCGUCCGUCGCCGCUUCCAUCGAUUCUGGUCAGCAGAUGACCGUCGCGUCGAGUGCAACGGCCCCUGGAACUGUGUCCCAGGGGGCCGGCGGGAGCGGCGCGGUAAUUGGACCUCAGCUGCCGCUGAUGUCGAACUCAGCGGCUAGCACCAGCGACGGAACCUCGUUGAACAACAGCUUUUCGGGGGUUACUGCGGCAGUCGGGACCACUGCUACCACCAACGGCUCAACAAGUGUUGGGGGUGGCGCAAUCGCCGAGUUGCAGGCUGGCAAAAUGCCGGAAGGAGCCAAACGGCUGCACGUCUCAAACAUCCCGUUUCGCUUCAGAGAACCGGAUCUGAGAGCGAUGUUUGCGAAGUUUGGAACGGUGCUCGCAGCAGAGAUAAUAUUUAACGAACGUGGAAGUAAAGUAAGUCGUUAGAU